AAUGCCACUCUCUAGUCUUCCAGUAAUGCCGAUUUUACAUUCAACCAGAGGCUCACUGUGGAAAUCUCAGUUAGGAACACUUUCUUUACUCCUGUGAACAUCUCUCCAGCUUUGACUAUGCUAUCCCUAAGGGCCUAUUCCAGUGCCAAAACUCAGAUACUUGAGGGCUUGGGGUUCAAUCUCACAGAUACCCCAGCAGAGAUCCAGGUGGGCUUCCAGUACCUGAUUUAUUCACUGAAUUUUCCAAAGAGGGAAUCUGACUCAUAGAUGGGAAAUUCUCUCUUCGUUGUGAAGUAGCUGAAACCAUUGGCAAAGUUUGCAGAUAAUGUCAGGAGUCUCAAUGAGACUGAAUUCCUUUUUUUUUGGGACUUGGUCAAUGUUUCUGCAGCCAAGGAGAUGAGAAGUCAUGUGGAGAAGCAAACCAAAAGGAAAAUUGUGCGCUUUAAAAGACCAAACACCCUCAUGGUCCUGGUGAACAAUAUUUGCCUUAAAGCAAAUCCUUUUGAUCCAUCUAAGACAAAUUCUACCUUCUUAGUGGACAAGACUACCAUGGUGCAAGUGCCUACUGUGUACCAUAUGGAGCAAUACUAUCAUCUGAUGGAUACGGAGCUUAACUAGACAGUACUGUAAAUGGACUACAGUGAGAAAGCUCUGGCACUCUUUGUUCUUCCCAAGAAAGGCUAGAUGGAGUGGUUGAAAGGAUCCAUGUCAUCUAAAACACUGAAGAAGUGGAACUGUUUACUCCAGAAGGGCUAA